ACCAGCUCCGCUCCCCCCCCUCCACCACUUCCCCCGUCUCUGCCCUUUGCCCCCAGCUGGGAACUAGGCGUCUCUGCCGCCCCGGCAGCUCCCGGCGGGUCCCUCAGCAGCGACGGGCGAUGGGGCGAAUCCUCCACAGACCGGGCGGCCCUUGGACGGGGAUUCUCCUGGCAGCCUCUGUCCUGGGCUCCUGCCUCCAGCCGGCGCCGGCCCAGACCCCAGUGACCAUCGUCCUCACCCCGCCGAGCCCCGUGGUGGGAGGGGGCGUCAGCCUGGCCCCGCAGCCACUGCCACAGGGCUUCACGUCCUGCUUUUGGUACCGAUCAGCGACUGUGACUGAUCCAAACAGCCUGAUCCUCAACUACGUCCAAUAUCCAAACCCCAAUCAGACCAACGGCCCGGCCCACACGGGGCGAGAGACAGCGGGGCCGGGCUGUGCCCUGCACAUCGCGGGGUUAACGCUCAAUGACACCGGGAACUACACGGUGGCGAUACAGAUCCCUACCGCUCCUAACCCUGUCCGCUCCACGGUGGUUCUGCGCGUCUAUGAAAUCCUGCCCAAGCCCACAGUGACACCAAACCAAACCCUCGUACUGGAGAACGGGACCUUCACCCUCACGUGUAACAGCUCCCCCAGUGCCAACACCGUGCUCUGGCUCCGGGACGGGGCGUCCCUCGUGCCCAGUGAGCGGCUGGGGCUGUCCCCUGACAACCGGACCCUCACGGUGCCAAAUGUCACCCGGGGCGACGCCGCCGCCUACCAGUGCGAGGUCAGGAACCCCAUCAGCACCAACCGCAGCGAGCCCAGCACCGUGACGGUGGCCUAUGGGCCGAACUCUGCCCAGAUAGACCCACCAGGACCCAUCGCCCUGACUCUCGGGUCGCUUCUGACCCUGCGGUGCGUCGCCAACUCCGUCCCAGCCCCGAGCUAUCGCUGGGUUCUCAACGGCACCGACACUAAGGAGACCGGGAGCAGCUUGACCUUUAACUCCAUUACUCAGGAUCACCAGGGCACGUACAUGUGCCAGGCUCACAACCCCGUCACCGGCCGCACUGCCUGGGCGUCUGUCGCCAUGCGGGUGACAGGGACAGAUGCCCCUCGUCCAGCUCUCUCUGCCGGGGCCGUCGCCGGGAUCGUCAUUGGGUCACUAGCGGGGGCAGCGCUGGUCGGAGUCACGGUCUAUUUCCUUUACUCUCGCUGCCGGAACGAGACCCCCAAGGAGAACGAGGCACCCGUCCUGGUGUAUGAGAACCUGCCCCCUACAUCCUGGGCGGGGCCAGUGGCUCAGCCCGGGAGCCCCUCUGACCCCAGCCCCACGUACCAGACACUGCAGCCCCAACAGCAGGACGUGUACGAGGAGCUGAAGAAGUGACGCCCCCUCCUGCCCCCGGGGCAUGCUGGGAGGGGCCCGGGACAUGCUGGGAAAGGCGCAUCUCUGAGCCUGGGUCCUGACGACCCGGGGACGUCCCGCCGAUAAAGCAUUAAAGGGCAGGAACAGUCACCACCUGGCCCAGGGGGUCCGUCCGUCCGUCUGUCCAUGCUGCUUCCCUGGGGCCCAUCACCGCAGCGUCUGGGCCUCUGCGAGGAAAUCAGAAAGUCGGCGCCUGUGACUGGCUCCGGCUGAGUUGUGCCCAGCACAGGAUUUGGGAGCCCACCUGUGACAAAGUGGGACUGUUCUUAAUGUUUCCUCUGAAUACUGUGUGGGUGCCUCAGUUUCCCCUAUGCAGUUCUUAAGUCUCUAGGGGGUGGGAUUGUUGCAGAGCAAAGGGCCAGUGCACACAAAGGGCCGACACUGUCUCCUGGCAACUAUGGGCCGGGGUCCUUACCCCCGCUGCAAGGAGAUAGCUAAAGGUCAGGUGACCUCCUGGCCCGGGAAAGAGACAAAGCCCAGAGGAGGAGGGGCUGGAGGGUGAGUCAGUUUGGAGCUGGCUGGGGACGGGAAGUGAGUGCGGACAGGGGUGUCUGGCUC